CUCAUCCCCACCACUGUUGUCAUUUGCGUCUGACGUGUACGUUAGAAGGUUGUCAGUUGGUCAGUACGUGAUUGCGAACUAAACAUUGUCAUCACGUACAGAGAAUACGUUACGAAAUUUGACAAGUUAAAAGUGAACUUCAUAUCUCUAUUGACACUUUUCAACAAGAGUUCGACGUUCUAUUUCAAACAUGGUCUAUGUGACAGAUGACGGUAGCGUAGUGAACUCUAUUCCAUGGAGUUUGAGGAGAAUCUUUGGGCUUUUCACAGGAUUAAUCUACAUGGUCAUUAUGUUCUUUCAAACAUUGAUUAAUCCUAAUAUGAACCAAGCAAGUGGUCAAUCUACAAGUUUCCGGUCAAGUUCUGGGCUGCAUCCUCCUACCCGUAGACUUGGUAGACCCAAUACAGGAAACAAUGUUGACAUUCCAUUUUUUGGAGGUUGCAGCAGUUGUGCGAAAUGAAUAGGCUUAAGAGAUAAUCGAAAAACUGAAUUCAAGACUAUGUUUCGCAUCAAUUUCUGCACGAUCUUUGUUAUAUAAGAUGACUUUAUCUAUCCAAUCGUAAUAAAUCAUUCUUAUUAAAGUUA